CGUAGCAGGGGCACAUAGAUAGAAAACAGCAUCCUCCUUCCUCAUCCCUAGUCCCUAGUCCUCGGCAUGUCCGCUUCCCCUGCCUCCCGCUCCCCUCUUCCACCACCCCUCUUCUCUCCGCCGCUUCAGCUCAACAGUGAUAGAGCUACCAUUGGUUGUCAUCCAUGCCUCUGGCGUCGCUGCUGCGGAGGUGCACGCCACCUGUUCGACCUCGGUGGCGGCGGGUGAUGCGUCUCCGUCGACUCAGCAGGUAUUGCAUGGCCUCACACCGAGUUCCUUUCUUCCGUUUCAAGCUUUGCUCCGCCUAUGCAGUGCCCAGUGUAUUCCGUUCUGAGAGCUGUUGAGCGGGUUCCCUCGAGGUGCUCGUCCAAAGGUCUGGUGCCCUCCGCGUGGGACGAGCUGCUUCCUGACGGUGCGUCGGGGCUUGAGCUGUUCGCUUCGUACGCAGCCACCGCGUGAGCUUGGCAUGUGCCCAUCUUUAACAUCUCAUCAGUUGUAAUUGGGGUGUAUGUAACGCAUUCAGUUUUUCCUUCCAUAACAUCUUCCUUAUUGCUUCCAUAACAUCUUCCUGAAGAAGAAGAAUGGAAGGGGCAUUGCUUUCCUGACAUGCUUAUCUGUGAACAACACUAGUCAUAUUGUCCGCCCUGCCACUGAUUAUGCAGUCCUACAAGAAUAUGAUAUGGUCAAAAUAGAUAUGGAUUGUCAUACUGACGGUUUUAUUGCUGUGGCGGCUCAUACACAUGCCCGGUUACUGGAAGAGCAGCUGAUGUUCUUGCUGCUGUGUUUACAGCAGCACAAGUUGCAAUGAGGCUUGUUACACGUGGACAGAAGGCGGCCACCCCUUGCGCCAGAAAUCGGCGUGAAGUACACGAUGCUUGAUCAUGCUUUCGACAACGGUCACCGCGCCCGUUUUAUGGAGAACGGAGUGAUGCUCCCCCCAUUGCGGAUGAGGGGCCACACGAAGGCUGUGCGGAUGCAGUACGACGAGCGCUACACUCCGUAUUUCAGGAGAGCACGGAUGUUGGGUUUCGUUCUUCAGUUCAAAAGGCAGCCGCCGACGCUCGUGCACUCGGCUCUUACGGCAUUGAUCGACUGGUGGCGCCCCAAGACGCACAGUUUCCAUCUCACUUGUGGUGAGAUGACAGUGACUCUCGAGGACUUCGGCAUGAUCACGGCCCUGCCCAUCGAGGGCCAUGCUCUGACUGGGUGCGCUCACGCGGCCAACGUCCAUGAUCCUGCUCAUGAAGGGUCCAUGCGUGCCAUUGCUUCAUCAAGCCACGCCGGCGGAGCUUCCUCUACUCAUGUUGCCUCGUCAUCCCGCGUUGUUGAGCAGCAAGAGGAAGAAGAAACAGAGGACGACGAAGAAGAGGAGGAGGACACAGAAGAAGAGGAGGAGGAGGACGCAGAAGAAGAGGAGGAGAAGGACGCAGAGGAGUACAACGACAAUGACGGGCCUCAACCGACGCAGCCAAGCCAGGGGAAGAGGGUAUCUCAUCCACACCAGGAUAUUUUGAGCCCAUCCCCGUUUCAGAAACCGGUUCCUCGUCGUCGCACGAAGAAGCCAGACGAAACCCGCUCGAAGAGAAACGACGACCGUACCGCUAAGAGGAGCAGGAGCAAGUGACCACUCGUGUUGGUGAUGUCGUUUAGUACAACUAGUUGUGAGCAAGAACUUGUAUGCUAUGCUAGUGAUGUCUAUUUGGUACUUUCAAGCUUUGUUGGUGAUGUCGAAUU